CAAAAGACCCGAGUCGGACCGAAACUGCAUGGAAAUCUGACUAGCAGUAGGAAACUUCUCUUGUUGUUGGUCGCUCUUGACAGGGAUGUAAAAUCUGCAAGGAAUUUCGAAGAACAGCCAUAUCAAACCGGAUAAAAAGUUUGUAAACACAACCACAAGAACAUAGGGCGCUGUUUUUCUGUGGAUUGAGUUCAACCUUCAGAUCUACGUAAUGUCCGGUACAGACAGACGUAGCACGGAAUCUGGCGCUGCUAAGAAACAGAAAGAACCAAGCUCCUUGGUCUGUGUCACCACUUUCUUGGAGCUGAUGGUCGUGGCCUUUGUCAUAACCGUUGAUAUUCUCAUCAGACUGACAAACAUCUUCCCCCUCCGUCGACAGCCAUUUUCCUGUGCAGACGAGACCAUCAGUCGGCAGACUUCACGCUCUCAGUUCAUAGGUUUUGCCUUCGACCAUGACUUGCCAGAUUCCAUUGUCUAUUCCCUUAGCUUCUGUCUGCCAUUGUUUAUCAUCCUUGCUGGGGAGGUGGGGUUGUGGGCGUUUGCCGAGGACCGACAGAGAACGAUCCGUGUCCUGUGUCAGAACUGCCGGGUCCCCCAGGUCACACGCAGGCUGGUCAGGUUUGUUGGUGUGUUCGUCUUCGGGGCAUUUACUCUUAUGGUCUUUGUUGACGUCACAAAGUUGAUGACGGGACGACUGCGACCCAAUUUCCUGGAACUGUGUAAAAUCAACCAGACGGCGUGUAGAAUGAAUGGGAAUCUGGGCGACGACAGCUUAUGCUUAGAAAAAGACGAGAUGGUGAUAAAACAUGCGAGGUCUUCAUUUCCAUCAAUGGAUGCUGCCUUGUCAUCGUAUGCUGCCAUGUUUAUAUCGACGUACGUACACGGGGCGUUACGGAGCCGGUCUGUCAGGGUCCUGCGUCCGUUCCUCACCGUCCUGUUCUGUAUGCUGUCCCUACUGUGUGGUCUGGUCAAACUAGGGAUCGGUUCCAGUCAUUGGACAGACAUCGCCGCUGGAUUUGCCAGUGGAUCAUUCAUUGCAGUUUACUUGGGACGAUAUGUUUUAAGGGGUUUCAAUGAACACGAAAAAACGGAAAGAGUUUUUUCCCAGCUUGAUCAAAUUCUCGGGGAGCAAAGACUGUUGGAACAACUUAUCAGAGAGCUUGGUGCUCCUCCAUCAUUACCGCUGCAAGGUUAUCAGAUCCCAAGGGCACACACGGACGACAGGUGGCGCUCUCUAAACAACAAGGUUUAAAUAACAGUACACAUAAAGGUUUACAAGACAAUGCCGUGACAAUUCGCAGUUUAUCGAUCAUUUUUCUAAAUGUCUUCCUUCAGUUUACGAGCAGUAAUUGAACGCGAUAAUUACAUGUAAAUCUUGUUUAUCAGCGGCAUUCAUCAGAAUUAUUCGUCUGAUUAUCAUUGGCAUCCUUUAUUAUCCAUUUUUCUUCCAUCGCCGAACCUUUUCCCAAGACAAAGAAAUAAUCAGAUUUGACUUUGGCACUGACAGUCACGGUUUAUCUCAAUUUGUCGAGUUUUAUAGAAAUUGCAUUUGAAAUGCGAUCAGUUUUUUGUCAGUACGAUUUCGACAAAGAAACGUUCUAAUUUUGUAUUGAAUUUCAUGCUGAUAAAAAAAUGUUUGGAUUCAUUUGGCUCGUAGUCUCCCGGAUUUUAUCGCGUUUCUUAAAGUGCUCAUGCUUCUUCAUCAUGGCGCUUCCGCUAAUGGUAGAUUACGGGGUGGGGUACUUCCGGCGGUUCGUUUAUCUCCCUUGUUACCAUAGAGCACGCAAAAACCUUUCAUUCGCUCUGGUAGUCACUGGGAACAUUGGCAGGAUGUCUGACGAUCAAAUCAACGAAAAUAUUCAUCGCUUGAUCGGAACUAACUUCGAUAUUAUGGUUUACGGGAAUGUGUUAUGUGGAGGGUUCGGCUAACAAAAUGACUGAGAUUGACAUCUUAUUUAAAAGUGUUUGACAAUUUUGUUCUUUAUAAGCAGAAAUUUAGAAUAAAUAAUACCCAAAACUACAACACACUUAUUUAUUCAUUUAGUAAUUAAAAUUGAUUGAAGAAAUAAAUAAAUUUAUCAUUUAAACAUUUCACAGAAUAAAUUUGAUAAGGACUAGGAAAAAGUAACUAUAGCAUGUAAAUGUAUUAUAAGCCUAAUUAUGAUUAAAAUGUAGAUUUAUUUCAAAGUCUCAUAUUCGGUACACAGAAGAAAAAUGUGCGCAUUUCCCUGAUAAGAACUAGAUAAGAUUUUAUGUUUCAAAAAAUAUCUAUUGUACACUUUCAAAAAUAAAUACUUAUUCAUUAGAUUAUUUGUAUAGUCAUUAAUGCACAUCUCUUGAGAAACAAGGUUUAUAGGUUCCCGUGUUUUUCUAGGAAGAAUCUCCUUAUCAUUCAAGACCUAAUAAGGAUAUGAAGAGUGUAAAAAAGCUUCUCGCUUUGUUUGCGGUGAUUGGCCGCGCUAUCUGUUGCGUUAGAUGCCUAUCCUUUGGUCAGGAUUCGGUUGUUAGUUCAGCUGGGACGAAAAGAUUCAGUGUCGGCAUCCUGACUCUGACUUGUCACUUCUUCUCAGAUAUCGACUCAAUGGCUUUCAAGAAUAUCUAAAAUUAACUGUUUCCAAACACAAAUUUUAGUUACAAAUCACGGAUUUCUGAUGGUAUCAUAUAAAACCUCGUCUGAGAGAAACAAGGCCAAUGACAAUUAGUGAUUGCAUUGAUACGAUAAGAGAAAUCAAUGCUGGAGUAGCUUAAGCCCCGCCGCCUUCAGCAGUAGCUGUGGAAGCAGACGACAUUUCUACAUGUAGAGCAAGCAGCUCAGUGUCUCUCUCCUCAUGCAAUAUUGAUGCGGCCGUGUGUAUAUAUACCCUGAUAUCCAUCAACGCUUUCAGUCAAGCUCAGUAUCUCUACCCGAUAACAAUGAUACUGGAAUUAUAAGCAAGUAAUAAGCCUCCUUCUACAGAUCUACAGUUCACUGAGUGAAUAAGGAGAGGCAACAGAGACCAUGUUUCGAAGUGUAUUUAACAUUCGUGGACAUUCAUUUGAAGACGAUGACCCUGCAUCCUGUGUCAAAAUGGCAGCUAGGGGUAUUCACGACGAUGAAAUGUCGUCCUUUUUAACAACAAACGUUCCACACGACGACGAAUUCAUUCCCAACAAUCACCUGUGUGACUGUGACUCCUUCCAUUACAAACAGGAGAUUUCCAGCAAGGUAGAGAUCUCGUCCGGACGAGCAAAAUGUUACACUCUCUCGGACGAGGAUUGUAUUCCAGACCGUAGUGACUGUGUUCCUGCUUCGAACAAUUCCAAGAAAGUGAUGAGACUGACCCGAAGUUAUGACAAACUUGAAUUCAAAGGAAUCAGACACAAGAUUCAGAUCAAGACGAAAAAGAGCAAGUCGUACGACAGUGCCUUUGGAACUGCGGUCAAGAAAGAGGGGUAAGCUUCGCUAAACGCCACCCCUACAAAAUCAGGCGGUGCUAUGAUCUCGUCUACUCAGUCAACGCAUUGUGCUCAAGUGAGUUCAGUCAUAGAAACAAUGUUCUGUAUCAGAAGUAAAUUUGUCAAGUCAAUGUGUUUGUAUGUUGAUGAAUGUAUGAUGUUUUUGAAUGACUCUCAUCUUAUUAUUUUCCCUAAACGACGAAAAAAGUGUCAGUAUUUUGUAAUCUACAUUGUUUGAAACAUUGUUGUGAUGUUUUGAUUAUAUUUCUACAAAUAAAAGGUUUAUAUAUAUUA